AGCUCAUCUGUGAUACGUGAAAUACUUGGUGUUAUGUGUUUGCUUGACUAUUUUAGUAAUCUCUGGAAUUUCUACGGGGCAUUGUGGUUCGUUGUAACGUGCUUAUGUGAAUUGUUUUAACUUUUAUUUUUAGUUUAAAUACUGAAAAUGAGCUUUGAAAUCAGUCGAGGAGCUGAUGGAAUGUACGCGGUGUGUUUCAAAAACUACAAAGCGUACAGUGAGGAGAAGAUCUGGGAAGUGUUCGGGCGAUACGGACGAGUUUCGUCCGUCAGGUUUUCUGGCACCGACACCAACGGAAUGGUGUUCGUCCGUUACAGCGAUUAUGACGAGACAAAGAACUGCCUGGAAGACAUGACGAAAACAAAAGAGUUAAGCGUAAAGAUGGCACUUUCCACCAGACCACAUGGACCAAAGCAACAGAGUGGAAACGUGGCCAAACCUUCGACAAGCCAUCAGGUUUCAGAGGAUAACAGAGAUGCUAAUUACCAGAAUAGUGGAUCUAACUACAGUGGCUUCAGAAAGAAUUUCCACACGAAUUUUAAGCAGAAUAAUGGACAAAAAAGAUUUUUUAACCCAAAGCCUAAAAAUUAUCAUCCAAAAAAUGAAAAUUUUUCAGUGAAUCAUAAAGAGCCAAGACAAAAUGGCGAGCAAAAUGUCGCUGAGAACGAAGUCCCGAAGGAUAAAGAGCCGUUAAAGGGUGAGAUGUUGAACGGGUAUUCUGAACAUAGAUCAAAGGUUACCGCGCAAGUGAGAAGUAAUGGACCCGCACAAAGAAAGGCAAUUAUUCGGAGUCCGGGAUGUGAAGACGGUUCAAUGUAUUCAAACAACAGAGGCCGCGCGUUCCAGGUCAACAACACGAGCAGCGAUUUUGAUGACGAAGGUCCCCCACCUCUUGCUGGCUCUGUCGACUUCCGUCGUUGUCCAGAUUUCGAUGACGAAGGUCCCCCACCUCUUGCUGGCUCCGUCGACUUCCGUCGUCGUCCAGAUUUUGAUGACGAAGGUCCCCCACCUCUUGCUGGCUCCGUCGACUUCCGUCGUCGUCCAGUUGAAAGGCCGAAAGUAUAUGCCAAAGACGUGGUUAUUGGCAAUCUUCCACCUCAAGCUGAUGUAAUUGAUGUAAUACAAUUGGCCAGAAGACUUGAAAUAACUCCAGUCCACGUAUCGCCGAUAGAAAGAACGAGCCGGCAUAACCUCCCAUUUUGUCGAGUCUGGCUGAAGAAUGAAUACGACGCACAAAUAAUGGAAUUUGAACUCAAAGGCAGUUUCAUGGGAGGGAAGAAACUCCUCGUGGCCAGAGCCGAGAAACUACUGAACGGCAGCGUCUAGUUUUGCAACAACCUGUGAACAUCUGAGACCGCGUGAAAGAUGCCGAGGUAGAUGGAACAGACGUUACAGAAGUUCUCCGUAGUGUGUCAUCUGUACAUAAAGGUUAAAGAGCGCAGCGGAAGCUCGUUCACCCGCGGUGCUAAGCCGUGGAGCGAGGAAGAUUACAAUUGAGUUUAAAGCACGUGGACGUGAAGCAGUGAUACCACACUGAUUAUUCUCCGCAGCUGUCGGCAUUGGGGUGAAGGAGCUACUUUUGGAUACCGGUCUGCUGAGCGCUGAUGACCGCGGUACCGUUACUCGUCAUGCGCUUCACUGAUAGGGAGAAGUGUGUCGAGAUUGUGGUGAUUAAGUAGGGGCUAGAACAAAGUAUUUUUUUCUUUUGGGACCAUAUUUGUGUAAUGUGUAUUGAUCACUCGCAGAGAACCUCUGAAACGUCUUUAACUCCACUGUCGUAGGUUAUACCAUCUGAAACUUGAAUAUCUUUAGUGCACACAAAUUAAGGUCAGUACCCACGCCAAAUUGCGCGCGCAGACGAACACACAUACUACGUAAUUCAUAGACGUGACUGACAUGGGAACUGGGACGUAAACCACCGCGAAAUAAUGUCCGUAGUAUGGACGGUACGUGCUUCCUUAUCCGCUACCCCUCCGUUCCCUCUGGUAUCCUUGCCUCUUGCUUCUGGCACAGAAUGCGCUGAUUAGCCCCGAUUACUGUGCGCGUGCCGACAAUGAAGAACAACUUUCAUCUGUUUUAACCGUUUCACUUCGAUAUAUUUAAAGUUGAUAUUUCAAAAUUAUAUUUCGCCGCUUCAGAUUGUAUAUGGGGGAAUAAUCGUUGCCGAGGUUUGUGAUUGAGAGACAGAGUACCUCUGUCCACAUUUCGAGAGCUGAACCUUCAGGUGUGAGACUCGUCGGAGCUCUAGGGCUUAGCGGCAUAAUUGUAAACAUUGGGGAGUUUUUUGAGUUUAUUAUGAUGUGGCUGAAGAAGCGCAUUCAACAAGUCAUUUUUAAUGGAAAUGUUUUUUAUGUUCUGAAGUAAAUUAACUUCCCUUUGUGUACGCAUUAACUAUAAAGUUUUCAAGCUGAUACGCAGUUCAUUGCUUUUGAGCAUCCCGGAGAUCUUGUAGGAUUUGAGGUUUUCACAGCAGUGAAUCUGAAGACGGCCGUCUUCCGAGUUGUUGCACCGUGUAGUCUGAUAGAAGUUUAACAGCGUUUUAUAGGUCCCUGCUUCCUCCAUCAUCAUCAGGGACCUCUGAAAUGUUAGUAAACUUCUACGAGGCUACGAGUUGCAACAACCCAGAAGACGGCCGUCUUCAUCCUGGAGAUCUGUUAACAAAAUCUUGCCGCUGGACCAUAAUCUUUACCCACCGCGAUCCAGUCGGAUUUGAACGCUAAAUUGUGGAAGGUCUCAAAUUGAGAGAUUCCGCUGAAUAUUUAAGAAAAUAUUUCAGAAAAUGUAACCAGUCAAGAAGUUCCUGGCUGUUAUUGGAACCUGAAGGUUCAUUAAUGUAUUUAGGACCCGCCAUUGGACCAUUUCUUGAACUAGAUGAAUCGAGUCCAUAGCUUUAGUUAUUAACGUGCCAUCAAUCCUUAGGUUUCCCAAGUGGGCUCGGACUAAAACUAUAUAUAUAUGCAUUUCUGCUCGUCUCCAAAGCAUGCUUCACGUCCUGCCCAUCUCAUCCUCCGUGCUUCGAUCGUCCUAAUAAUAUUUGGUGAAGAGUACAAAUUAUGGAGCUCGUCAAUGUGUGAUCUUGUGCAUCCUCUUGUUCCUCUCCUCUUACGCCCAAAUAUUCUUCUCGGCACUCCGUUCCCAAAAAACCCUCGAUCUUCAUUUCUCCCGCAGCACGAGACUCGACUGGCCGGCAGAUGUGAGGGGUAGAACGUGGGCAGAGGUGUGAUACAAGAAAUAAUUUCCUCAUCAGUGUUGAGAGACCGGACGUGCAUAGAAACUUAUUCUACAACGGCAAAUAAUGGCUUCGUACUUGUAUCAAAAUUAGACGCGUUCAAACUCCAAAUUUAUGGUUCCACUUCUCGAGACUAAUCAGAAAUAAUCUUUUACGUGCGCACACACGGAAAUACUGUGUUUUAUUCAGACAUUACCUGGGGUUAAUGAACUGAGUUCACAAGCAAUUUAUUUACAAAAUCAUUAAUUCUUGAAUAUUUAUUUAUAAAUUCAUUCAUUUAUUAAUUAUUAAUAAAUCAAGUAUCUCUGUAAUCACUGAAAAAUACUACACAUUUCUUGGUAUAUAAGCGCACGUGAAUUUUGGUGUUUUGAUAUUUUUGGGGUGAAGACCGUGAUCUAUUAUUUGAAUUCUCCGGCACGACGUGCAAUAAAAUGAUACGACUUCUCCCAAGUAUGAUUUACGUAAAUGAUGGAAUAGUUGGCCCGCGUUUGAAGCUACUCGCAUCUGUACGAGACGACCAAACUUGAUAUUUGGUCCUAAUUGUCGUGCCCAGUGGCAGGUUCCCAUUUCCCAUAUUUCUUGAGUCGAGAACAUCUGACGUAACGCAUUUCUUGCAAUGACCUUGAAUAUCAUAAAUUCCCUUAAACGCAAGUUAUCUUAGACGUAGCACGAGAAACGUUAACUAAACUUUGCAGACAGGUUAAAUAUGUGAUGUUUCAGUUUAUGGUUGGCAGAAAAUGCACCCUUAACUUUUGUUUUUAAGUUUAUUUAUAAUAUUUCAAAGUGAAGAAACUUUUUUAUAUGAUGUAGAGGCUUUGCGUUCUUUCUCUUAGACUGAUGCUGUGUAAUCAAGCAUAUAUUUAGUUUUGUUUGUUCUAGAAAUAUUUUUCUGUGUUUAAGUCAUAAUAAAACAGUCGUUACGAGA